AACCGAGCCUAGCCUUCUCUUGUUCCUCGCUCAACGAAGGGGUUAGAUCCUAAACCCAGUCUUCACGUUUAAUAAUUUUUUAGCCUUUUCUCGUGUCGAAUUCUUUGCUACACUGGUGUAAGUCGGCGCGUGGUGGUUAUUGAGGUGGCGCGUGUCGGAAACGGUGUUCUCUUUCAUGGUUUUAUCCUGUCAAUUUGAAUCGGGAAUCCCUCGCCGGAACCCUACCGGCUCCCGAUAAUUUAAUGGCAUCUGCCGUGUUAGCGAAUCGAAGCGAUUCAAAUUGGCCACCGCAGCCGAAAGGCAGUGUUGCUAAAUUCAUGGGCAAGGUUCCCUUCACAGCAACGAAACCAAACCCUAACCCUAAAUUCAACAAGAAACGUCAAUUCCACCAUCAUUUGGCGCCACCUGAUGAUGUAGCCGGCCAUGUCGUGGAUGAUUCUCCCGCCGUGACCCAAUCCGCAGCUUCUGAUGAUGCGUCGUCGAUAAAUCCGAAGCUGAAUGAUUUCAGCUCGGGCGCUUACGUCAGCUUUCGCAUCAGCUCUUAUUCAAGGAAGGAGUUGAUUGAUCUGAAAAAUCAGUUGGUUGCCGAGUUGGAGCAGAUUCGUGAAUUGAGAAAUCGGAUCGAGUCGAAUGAUUUUCACGUUAGAUCCAGCUCAAACAAGAAAUCGUUGCCCAAGAAAAACAUUUCCGGCAACAAACGGCCUUUACCGUCGAAUUUCAGCAAAGAAUUUAAGAGAUUGAACCCUCAAGAGAACGGAAAAGCUUCCACGGCUCAUUUGAUGAAAAGCUGUUCCCAAAUCUUGACCAAACUGAUGAAAAACAAGCACGGCUACAUCUUCAAUUCGCCUGUGGAUGUUAUUGGAAUGGGUCUUCAUGACUAUUACGACAUAAUCAAGAACCCGAUGGAUCUGGGCACUGUGAAAUCGAGGAUGUCGAAGAAUUUCUACGGGUCUCCCUUGGAAUUUGCGGCGGAUGUAAGGCUCACUUUUAAUAACGCCAUGUUGUAUAACCCCAAGGGGCAUGAGGUUUAUGUGUUGGCCGAGCAAUUUCUUGCAAAAUUCGAGGAACUGUUCCGGCCGUUGAGCUUGAAACUGGAGGAGCAAGAUGAGCCUCCCGAAAGGGGUUAUUACGAGGAAGAGUUGCAGGCGAGUUCUUGGGAUCACGGUGAAGCUGAUAGGUUGAAGAAAGAUAGGGAAAGAGAUAGUGAGAGGAUAAUUGUCGAUAGGGAUGAUUCGGCUAAUUUUGUGUCGAGAUCGGAUAGAAUUGAUAGAAUUGGAGGGGUAUCGGGCUUUGUUUCGAACCCGAAUGUACCACCACCACAGAUGCACUUGCAGGCGCCGGCAAGGGUGCCUUCACCUGUAAGGCCACCACCUGUGAAGUCAUUGAAGCAGCCGAAGCCAAAGGCUAAGGAUCCGAACAAGAGGGAAAUGAGUAUGGAAGAGAAGCAAAAGUUGGGGAUUGGAUUGCAGAGCUUACCACAAGAGAAGAUGGAUAAUGUGGUUCAGAUUAUAAGGAAAAGGAAUGGGCAUUUGAGGCAAGAUGGGGAUGAGAUCGAACUCGACAUUGAGGCAAUGGAUACCGAGACGUUGUGGGAGUUAGAUCGGUUUGUCACUAAUUACAAGAAGAUGGUCAGCAAGAUAAAGCGGCAAGCAUUGAUGGCGAACAACGCCGUAUCCAAUGACAGCCAUAGGGAAGAGGCAACCGUGGAGAAGAUUGAGGUUCCAAUGGAGAUGAAGAAACCGAAAAAAGGCGAUGCUGGAGAGGAAGAUGUAGAUAUUGGGGACGAAAUGCCGAUGAGCAGUUUCCCACCCGUGGAGAUUGAGAAGGAUAACGAUCGAGCUAGUAGCAGCUCUAGCAGCUCCAGUAGUUCAAGCAGCGAUUCUUCGUCUUCGAGUGAUUCAGAUUCUGGGAGUUCAUCCGGAAGUGAUUCCGAUGCAGACGAUGCACGGUCUUGAAGGCAUGAGCUAUUCGAUUUUGGGGCAAAUCCAGUUGGAAAAUUGGGUGGUGGGGAUGUAGAUGAGAGGUAGAUUUUGCUAACAUCUGCUAACAAACUGGAAAAAAAAUUAGGGAUAUUAGUAAGUAUUAAAUGCUGAAGAUAUGAACAUUUUUUUUUUCCUUUUUUUUUUUUUGGUUGAUGUACAGGGUGGUGGUGGUGGGGGGUUUAAAUGUUGUGUGAAAUUGUAAUGGUUGCUCACUUUGGAGGAAAGAAAAGUAUGAAAAUGGAAAGGGGAGGGCAGCUUUGGGAAGAGAAAAUGGUGAAUUUAAGGGGUGGGUUUUUAGUGGAAAGAGGGUAGGGUUUGGUAGAGAAGGUAGGUUAGGGUGAAGGAAAAGAAUUGCGGGGGGGGGGGGAUACUUUUGUAUGCAUUAACCCUAAAAAAAAAUUACUUAAAUGAUUUUCAGCAUCAUCAAUAGAGGUAUUUUUACAGAUUGAAGCUAUGUUUAUGGGUUCCUUCGUUUGGAUGUUGGCCAAUGCUCAAAAUUUUUCGGACCAAGGAAAGAUAGGAAGGUGAAGAAGACAACAGUGUAAAGUGAAGCCUAAAAAAGGUCUUUAGGCUAUGGGAAAUCAUAAUUGCUUUAUACCCAUGCGCCAUUUUGAAGUAAACUAUUGGUUAAACUCAAAAUGAUGUGAGCUGAGUUGAAUUUGAGACGACUCAAAACAAAACAUUUUGAAUAUAGACUGAUCCAAGUUCAAUCUAAAA